CGGCAAGGGCUACCGCUGGCGCCAGAGCAUGCUGAGCCACCAGCGCUUCGAGUGCGGCACGGAGCGCCGCUUCCUGUGCCCCUUCUGCCCGCACCGCGCCAAGCGCCGUCACCACCUCCAGAAGCACCUGGAUCCCUGUUUGACCCUAGGAUGCCGCCCCCAGCGAUGCUGCACCCGGGCAUGAUGCCCCAAGGGAUGCUGCCCCAGGGGAUGCUGCCCCAAGGCAUGCUGGCGCCGUCCGCGCCGAUGGGCGUGAGGCCGGCUGGCGAGGGCUGGUUCGUGCGCCGGGUCAGCCCCGUCAAGGAGGUGUUCGUGUGCAGCGACUGCGGCAACGAGUACCUGCACUACGCGUCGGUCCACAAGCACCGGCGGUUCGAGUGUGGCAAGGAGCCGCAGUUCCAGUGCUCGCUCUGUCCGCACCGCACCAAGCUCAAGAGCAACCUCACGAAGCACCUGAGGAACUCGCACAACUGGACUCCUUGAUGUAGCGUGAACGUGAACGCGCCGAAUGCCCCUGUCCAGCUCCAACUUGUCUCAGACGCAAUAAAUGGAAUUGGUGUAACUGUC